CAAUCAAUUUUCACCAGUCCCUGAGACGCCACACAGUUUCAUCUUGCAGAAUAAGAUUGUUUGGAGCUGAACAUUCCCUAAAAUGGCUGCGGAAAAGGUUCCCAAAAUAAAAAAAGACAAGAAGGAGAAGAAGGAGAAGAAGGAAAAGAAGGAAAAGAGGAGCAAGAAGGCUGCAGAAGCUGAGCCCGCUCACGAUGAGACUCCGGACGUCGAAAUGGCCGAAGAUACUAUAGAGAAGAAUAUGGAAGAACUAGAGAAGGUGGAGACAUCAGAGGCCGAGAACGAAGAGACAGAAGCACCGUCAUCCAAGAAGAGAAAGCGCGUCGAACAGUCCGGUCCGGAGCUCGAAAUCGACGUGAAUGCUCCUGAGCCCCCCUCGAAGAAGGCUUUGCGAAAGGCCAAAAGGGGAAAGACGGACCUACCUGAUGGAACUUCAGAGGGCAAGGGCGACGAAGCGGAGGAGCCAGGAAAGCCGCAGCAACAGCAGCCUGGGAAACAUUCCCCUUACGGCAUCUGGAUUGGCAACCUUCCGUUCACAGCCGCUAAAGCUGAUUUGAGAUCAUUCUUCACCGAAAAUGCAGAGAUUCCCGAUAGUGUAAUCACACGGGUACACAUGCCGGCUCCGGCAGAUGCCUCCAAGCAGAGGAUAAAGCCUCAUAACAAGGGGUUUGCAUAUGUGGAUUUCACCACAUCUGACGCACGGGAUAAGGCAAUUGAACUCAGCGAGACUUUGCUUUCCGGUCGUCGCGUCCUGAUCAAGGACUCUAAGAGUUUCGCGGGUAGACCUGAAAAGCCAAAAGAAGAAGUCACGGUUGCUGUGCAUGGUGGAAAGCCACCUAGCAAGCGGAUCUUUGUCGGAAACUUAGGCUUUGAUGUAACAAAAGAGGACUUGCAGCAACAUUUCUCGCCUUGUGGUGAGAUUGUUGAUGUGCAUUUGGCUACAUUUGAGGACACUGGAAAGUGCAAGGGCUUUGGUUGGGUUACUUUCGCCACCGUCGAGGCUGGAACAGCAGCCGUGCAAGGAUGGGUAAAGGUGCCCGUACGAACGGCUGAGGAAUCGGAGGAUGAAGAUGAAGGAGAGGGAAGUAGCGACGAUGAUGAGGAGGAGGACGACAAAAAAGAAGGGAAGAAGAGGAAGGCUCCAAAGAUGCGCAAGUGGUGGGUGAACCGCAUCCAUGGCCGGACGUUACGAGCAGAAUAUGCAGAGGAUGCCACUGUGCGCUACAAGAAACGGUUUGGUAAAGAGGGUAAACGCGGUCAAAACGAAGAGGCCUCCGCUCCGGCGGACGAUAUGUUUGGACAUGCUGAGCCUGCCAUUACUGAGGUUGAAGAGAAGCCGUCGACAACUUUUGGGUCGAGAAAUCAAGGUGGAAUCGAAGCAAAGAAGGGGUCUAGAAAGUCUGAAGCUGUGCAGCAUAGUGUUCAGCGACUGACGGGUGGAAUUGUAGAAGGCCAAGGGAAAAAGGUUACAUUUGACUAGACUUGAUCAUUGCAAGGGCAGUAUUGCUUUUCAAUACCCAGUGGAACUGAAGAAAAUUUCAUUUUUGAUUUGGUAGAAAGAACGAACAAAAGUACGUAUAUGAGCUAUUUGUUUCAUCUAUCCUGCAGUUUAUAAAAGCCUUGUGAGAUAUUGAAUAUAUUCAAUCUCAUACUUAUAAAUG